CGGGGUGACCUCUUCUCUUCUCGGUCAGGUACGUCGCGUUUUUCAUGUCGAACGUGACACUUCUUUUUACAUUACCGAUAAAUGACGAGUAAAGAAUAUUUUUUGCCUUACUGAUGAUCUUGCGACACGUUAUUUAUCUAACUCGAUCAUCCGCGUGUUAUUAUCGAAUGGUCUUCUCGUCAUCGUGAGAACCGAGAGAAUCGUUUUGUUCGAAAGAGGUCCGAGAUUGAUUGGUCUGAUUAAACAUUCUUUUUAUAUCGAACAAAUUUAGUGUUCGAAUAUACAAGAACGUUAAUAAUCCGUUUCCGUCAUAAUAUUCUAGUAUUUAUGUGAUCCGAAGGGAAUCUAGGGAAAGAAGCUGAUAGGAACGUGUCGAUAAACAGGAACAACUCUCUUGAUCCUUCCUUGAUCCUUUGGUGUUUAAUCAUAAAAGGGGACAAGUAUGAGAAGCCAACCAAUUGACCAAGGUAAUAAGGAAAGUUUUGCGCGCCGAAGGAAUGUUUCAAAGAUAUGUGCCGUUAUCACGUUGAAAGGGACAUCUCUAUUUUCCUAAGAGAUUUUCUACUAUAUUCAUCUAAAAAAGUCCACUCGCAUUCUCUUGGACCCUCCUUCGUAAAAAAAGAAAAAAAGCGAUACCCUUCUCUUUCUCAUUUCUUCAAUGUAAAAGCAUCGGGACGACCAGUACGAUAUCAACACACAAAAGAGACAGUUCGUUGUUAUCGACGAAUGGCCGAAGAUCAAACGUGAGUCUCAUCCCUCGCCAAAGAUUUGCCUCUUUAAAUCAGAAAUCCAGAGAUUCUUUUUCGGUCAGUCGAACCUACGACGUGUUUCCUUUUACUGGGUUUCUAUCACGAAGGAAAAAAAAGAAUUUGCAGAUACUAAACUCUCAUCUCUACAAAGGAACAUAACCUGUCAUAUAUGGAACGUGUUUUAUUUUCCAAUUAGAAGAUACUUUUAUCGACAAUCGUACAAGGCAUAUAAAUAUCUUAUUCGUGAAUUUCUUUCAAAGCAAUAAUUAAAGACGUGAUAUAUGUACCUAGUAUUAUACAACUACUACUACUAGUACUAUAUAUAUAUAUAAGAGGGCAAGAUAAUUGAAUAUAAUUAAUGCGAUUGAUAAGACAGAGCAAAGGUUGCGACUUCGUUUUUCGCCAAUUAGCGCAUUAACAUCUUAUCGGUCAUCUGCCGGAUUGCACAGUUACGAUUUGAACUUACCGACAGGACGUAUAAUUGACGUAAUCGUGUGAGAGAAAGACAAGUAAGAGAAGAAGAGGAAGAAGAAGAAGAAAAAGAAGAAGAGGAGGAGGAGGAGGAGCAAAAUCGAAGGAAAAGAUAAAACGCGAACUCGUGAGAGAGUUGAACGUGCUCGCCUUGCGUUCUUUGUCCGAGUUAGGAAGAGGGAGAUAGAGCGUGGGGAACGGAAAGAGAGAGAGAGAGAGAGUGAGAGAGAGAGAGAGAGAGAGAGAGAGAGAGGAAACGAGAGGGUGAAAACUAGGUGAAGCUCAACGAAGAAAGAUUGACAAUCCCGUUUCAUUGCAGUUUGCUCUGUUAUUGUCUGCGCGUAACAUUAGUUUCUCCUUUUCUCUCUCUCUCUCAUUCUCUUUAUCUCUCUUUCUCUUUGUCUUUCUCUAUCUAUUUAUCUAUCUAUCUGUCUUCCCUUAUUUCAUCUUCUUUCAUGCACAUUGAAACGGCCUUUAACGAGCUAUUCUCUUACGCGUUAAAGAAGACAAGCUGUCCUUUCUCCGUCAUUUGAUUUCGAAUUUCUCGAUGGAUGUUCUCGAUUGAUCGAUCAUCGAUCGAUCGAUUGAUUUAAUUGAUGAAUUUUGUCGAAUGAUUUAACGAUGGAAUAAAGAAAAGGAAAAGAGCUUAGAGAAAAAGUGGAAGAACUGCGAAUAGGGGAGGGGAAAAAAAGAAGAAGCAUAGGAAGUAUGGUACGAUGGUGUAUCCUAUAUCGAAGGGACUUCCAUCAGGAUCUUCUUUGGUUCAUAUCACGAGAUGAACGAUUUCGCAUGAGUACGCAGGAACUGCAAGCGCGGAAACUUAUUCUACGAUCUGAACGAUUUUCAUCGUCAUAAUUUCCGUCUCCACGCGCUCGUGCAAAAGAGUAAGAGAGAAAAAGAAAGAGAGAGAGAGAGAGAGAAAGAGACAGACAGAUAGACAGAAUCGCUGUGACUGGAAUCAAGAGGAGGAAGGAAAGAAAUUCUGCUAUGUCUGCAGUGAGAAGGAUCGAUUGAUCGAACUUCGCCAGAUCGAACUUUGUCAAGAAGAUAGAAAAGGCAUAGGAAAAAAGUGAAAAAAGGAAGAGAGAGAGAAGGGGGAAGAAAGAGAAAGAACGAGAGAGAGAGAGAGAGAGAGAGAGAGAAAUAGAACGGAUAAAGGAAAGGAGAGCAUGCUGUCUUGGAGCACGUGACGAACGGAGUUGUUUCCUUUUGGCUUCGAAAGGUGAGUAGUAUCGCGAACGCCUAGUUAUAAAAGGAUAAAAAGGUAGCAGGAGCGAGAACGAAAAAGAGAACGAGAACGAGAGAGAAAGAGUGAGAGAUAGAAAUCUAACAACAUCACGACGACACUCAACGAUUUGAAUAAGCAAGGAAAGCAAAUUAUACAAAUCGACUGACGCACGUCAAAAGUGAUCUCUUACAAACACGCUGAGGUGGAGGAUGGAGGAGUUGGAGACGCUGGAGAGCACAGAGUGCCCGGAGUGUCCCGGGCCACCCCCUGAGUUCCGAUUGCCACCACCCCCUCGACCACCUUUCCUCACCGAAGGUACCUUCUGUUCGGAGGCGCCCCUAGCCGAGCUUGAAGACUGUGUUGCCAUUCCGAUGAUCGACGCAUCUUAUCACACGAAUCCGUCGCUACAAAGCACUGCCCUGAUUAUUACGUGUGCGGUGGUCCUUCUUCUGAUGGCAGCUAUCGUCUCUGUUGUUUUUUGGAAGCACAAACGAAAAGUCCAAAAUCUAUUGCCGUGCAAGAGCGCAGCGAGUGCAGCAGCGGCCGCAGCCGCAGGCCGGACGCGGGUCCUUCCGGACUGCCAAUCUCACGGUGGUUCGGGCAACACCAGCGCCGCCGUUCUCUACGAGGAUUUGCCGGACGCUAUGACGCACUCCCAGCUGCACAAUCACUUGCCGAGUCACCAUCCUAUCGGUCAAGCGCCGACGAUCGAGAUGCUGGACGUGAAGGAAGGCGGCAGAGGUGUCUUCGUCUGUAGCAGUCCUGGUCCAGAUCCUUACACGUCUCAGGAUCUUUAUAAUCCUGUCUACGAGGAACUCAGCAACGGGGACCACCCGGAGACGGAUGAAGAGAGCGAGUUAAAUGCACGAAAUCGUUUACAUCAUCAUCAUUGUCAUCAUCGUCGAGCAUCGACAUCGAAACCUGCCAGUGAGGACGAAUUCGCCGAGGAUGAACUCUCGGUCGGUGAACCUUCCGAAGCAAGGAUGCUCACGUCAAAUGGUCCCGCAUGGGGCACGUGUCCUGCCGGAAACAGACAGCCAAGGGAGCGAAGGGGUAGAAGCCCGAGGAGUCUCGAUCGACGCAAGAGAGACAAAAGUCACGACGUCGGCGAGUUCCACGAGGGGAUGCUCCUCGAUGCUUUGCUACAACUUUAUCCUAGUGUGGCAGGAGUAGCAGGGAGCAGAACGAACAGUAAUCAACGACAACAACAGUCCGUCCCUUCGGUGGCACAUAGGCUGCCAUAUUUUAUGCCGCCGAUGCCAGCAGCUCAAGCUCUCAGACUCGAAGAAAAUCCAUACGAAAGCGUGCCUGUCCUCGGGCCGCUUCAUCGUUACUCCAGUCAAAGCAGAAGUAACAAGGAGAGAUCAAAGAAGUCAAACGAAAAGUACAAGUACAUGAGUGCUAGCCGUGACGGUGGCGGCAGUGGUGGUGUUGGUGGUGGUGGUGGUGGUGGUGGUAGUUGUAGUGGUGUCGGUGGUGGUGUCGAUGGUAGCGGCAAUCAAUAUACUACCGAUUAUUAUGGUCUUCAGAAUCAAGAAACGACGCCGGUUUAUACACAAGUUGGCGGAGACACUUAUUCCUCGGACACUUACUCUCAACCGACAGACAGACUUUACAACGAAGACAAGUAUACACAACCAGUUUAUUAUGCGCCUAGGGAUAACGAUCAAGUCUCUACAGGAAGAUUAUACCAAGGUCAACCGGACAGCAGCUUUGGCAGUGACAGUGGUUACAGUCAUCAUACAUCUGGUACCACGGGAACCAGUGGCACACGUGGCAGCAAUUCGAGAACCAAUCACAGAAAGGAUAAACAUCGAAAUUCUCAUCAUUCUCAUCAUUCCGCCGAUUAUAUCGUUUCUUAAUGAAUAUGCGAAUGGACAAGACUGUUCACUUGAUUAUAACGAUGGAUCCUGCUUCUUUCUUAACUCACGAAAGAAAAAAAGAGAAAAAGAGAAAAGAAAAGAAAAGAAAAGAAAGAAAGGAAGGAAGAAGUUUUGGUGCUUACUUUUUAUCGAUAACAAACGUAACGAUCGAUCUAAUUAUUUUUUUUUCGUUAAUGUUGUUUUAUCUUAUUUGUUAAGAGAGUCCAUUGACUCUUUGUUAUUGUUCCUUGAAACUUAGGAGUUUCUACAUGACAAUUACGUUUCUCCUAGUUUGUUUUAUAAGUGGCCAUGUGUUUUUGUUCGUAAGGACCGAUUAGAAAUGUGAAAAGACACGAUACACUGAUACAGGAAGUGACAGUAAUUGUUUUAGUAUAGUAUAUUACCGCGUAACUAUUUAAUAUUAACUUAUUUGCAAUUAGUACUCAGGCUAGUACCAAAGCACGCUGUGUUUAGAAACAUUGCGUUUUCCUUUUCUAUUCUUCUAUAUUUCCUUACUCUAACUCGUUUGUAAGUCAUAAAUAAGAAUGAAACGAGGAGGAUCGGUUUGAAAGGCCAAAGCGUUUUUGUGCGAGACGUGCGACUGUCGUUUGAGAAGAAGUAAUGUUCCAAUGUUGAUUUGAUUGAGCAUUAAAAAAGGAGAGUGAUACAUCCUUGUUGACGAAUUUUUAAGGCACAACUCGAUACGAACUAACCUGGAAGAAAUUAGAUAGAUUAGUCCAUCCACUGCCACGCGAUCGAAUCAUAGAUCGGCCGUACAUAAUUAUUAUAGUCAGUGUCACUCGACACGUUUUCGUACAAACGCUGACGCAGAAGGUUUCUUCCGCGUUUUAAUCAUACCGGUUUGAGAAAAUCCUUUGAUAUCACAAUUUCGCAUAUAUAGCGAUCGUUAAUAGAAUAUCUUUUUAGAAUGCUUCGUACGAACUUACGCUAAACAUUUAUUAAAAAUCAUUUAAUAUCGAAAUACACACACUGCCCGUACAUACCUCCGACGAAUAAAACGAUUUCUCGAAGCAAUUAAAGUUAACUUCGUAUUUUUCUAACUCCCUUCGUAGAAAGGAAACAGAGAACGAAAGGAACGAAUAUUGGAUGAAGACGUUUACGUUUACAUUUCAUUUUGACCAAUCCCGGUCGUAGAAAUAUUCAAUUCUUUGAAUGAACGAAAUGAAUUAAAACGAUACGUCUAAUUGCCACUCGCAAACGAUACUUACUCCUGGUUACCAUCGAAAUAUCGAUUUAACUUUGUUACGAUUUAUUCGUUGCUCGAAUCAUUUGAUAGUAUAUAAGAUUCCCAGUACACAGAGAGAAAUUCGAAAUACUUUCCAGAAGCUUUUUCUUUUUUUUUCGUUUUUUUUUUUUUUUUCUUUUUUUUUAAUUUCUCUUUCGAUCUUCGAUAUGAGAGUUUGGUAGUCGGUUAAAUGCAAAAUUUCAAAGGAACUUCCGAAUGCGGAUUUACCGUUGAAACUUUCGAGUUUCGUUUUAUCGCAUACACCUACCUAUUUGCAAAGCAUGUGGCUUCUCGAUCGACAACAAUCAAACCUAUUGAAUUUUUAAUGCUGUCUUCUUCGAUGGGGGAUGUACAAUUACUUUGAAAAACCACAAAAGCCGAGCUAUCGAGAAAAUAAGUUAGACGUAACGUUAUCCAUUAUUCAUCGAGAUACGUAGUUUCGUAGAAACGAAGAGGAAUGAAAAAAGUGAAAGGGAUUCAUUUUAACGAACAUUUUACCGGCUUCUAUUUGAUCGCACAUGUUUUUCUCGUUAUGCCGCAUCUUUGGCUCUGUAUCCACGAGAGGAGAGAAAAAAAAAAAAAAAUAUAUAUAUAUAUAUAUAUAUAUAUACAUCAGGAUAAUAAAAUACGUACGAAGAACGAAGGAACGUCACAUUGAUUAAACGACAAAAAAAAAGAGAAAGAAUUUUUCGUAAUAGGUUGUACUACAGAAGCACGCGUUUGAUUGCGUAUAAUACGUAAUGCGCGUAGGUACUACACAUAAACCCAGAUAUAAAGUCAAGUCACAUACAUACCUACAUACUAUAAUACGAGUAUAAAAGUAAAAUAUUUCCGCGCGAAUUCUGUAAAUAAUUAAAGGUAGGACUAAGCGAAGCGGAGAAGAGAAAAUGAGGGGAAGAGAGGAGAAAUACGUGCUGGCUCGUUCCCCCACCGUGUAGCAUAGUUGUACCAUAUCGUUAUCGAGACUUUUUCGCGACUUGUGCGGAUCCGUAAAUUCACAUGGAAGUGUGCGUGUAUCGAAUGGCAAAUUGCUGCGUGAGAGGUGACAAAACCAAGCGAAUCAGUAAAUUUAAUAUAUACAUAAAAUAUAAAUAUAUGACAAAAAUAUAUAUUACGCAUAUAUAAUUUUUAAUUUAUUUAUAACGAGUCGAGCGCGCGUUAUACAGCGCCUAAUAGCGGUUGAUAUAAGUGAUAAGAGCGAUGCGAGUACAAGAGAACGAGAAAGAAAGGGAGAGAGAGAAAGAAAGAGAGAGAGAGAGAGAGAGAGAGAGAAAGAACGAGAGAGAAAGAACGAGAGAAAUGGAAAAGAAAGCUCGAUAAGAAAUAGGGAGAAAUACUCGCGCGGGGAUAAUUUACUUCUCCCUGGUAAAAAGCGGAGGCGGUGCUGAAAUAUUUGCACAAGAAACCGGAGAAAGCGAUUUCCUUCGUAAUACAUGAGCACCUCUAUCUCUUCAUGUUCUUUCUUCUCUCUCUCUCUCUCUCUCUCUCUCUCUCUCUCUCUCUCUCUCUCUCUCUCUCUCUCUCUCUCUCUCUCUAUCUAUCUAUCUAUCUAU